UUCAGUCUGACCAUUAAAAUCCUAAGUAUCAGUUUAUAAAAUUAAGGAAGCAGAAUGGAACGGUGGCAAAGUAAACUAGCUGUAGUAACAGGAGCGAGUGUCGGUAUUGAAGCAUCGAUUGCCGCGGAUUUAGUAAAAAAUGGUUUCAUUGUGGUCGCUCUAGCUCGACGUGAAGGGCGCCUUCGAGAAAAUCAGAAAGCACUCCCGGAAAAUCUACAAUCUCGCUACCAUCUCAGAAAAUGUGAUGUUACCAAUGAAGAUCAUGUAAAGGAUACCUUUGCCUGGAUCGAAGCCAAGUUUGGAGGGACCGAUGUUCUUGUUAACAACGCCGGUGUUCUGGCUUCGGGUGUGGAACUAACAAGUCUAGAUAAUACUGAGCCCAUUCGAAAUGUUGUCGAAACAAACAUUAUGGGUGUUGUCUAUUGUGUCCGGGAAGCGUUCAACUCAAUGAAAAAACGCAGCUUCGAUGGGCAUAUUGUGAUCAUAAAUAGCAUCGCUGGACAUUAUGUUCCCAUCGCGCCUUUUGGUACAUUGAAUAUCUAUGCUGCUUCCAAGUUCGCAGUGACGGCAAUGGUUGAAACUUAUCGUCAAGAAUUUGUAAAAGCUGGGACGAAGGUGAAAGUUACAAGUAUCAGCCCUGGAUUAGUAUUAACCGAAAUAUUACCGAAUAUGGAAGGUUUUAGAGACUUGGGUAACCCAAUUUUGAAUGCUGAGGAUGUUUCGAAUGCCAUAUUGUAUGUGUUGAGCACACCACCCCAUGUCCAGGUUCAUGAAUUGACUAUAAGACCGGUUGGAGAGAAACUGUGAAACGAAUACAUACUAUAGUAUAUAUACCAGUUAUGAAUAUAUAUCGUCAUCAUAUUGUGCUACAUAUACUUAAACUUUUUUAUAAAAACUUUUUUUUGUUUGUAAUUUCUUACUGGUUGUUGUGAUAUAAUGAGCUGUUUUAACUUGUCAUUUUUUCUUAGAUAUACAAUGAUCGAUGCUUUAGUAUCUACUAGUAGAACAAAAACUUCCCAUUUAAAUUUGGAACUUAACUUACAAUGCAAAUGUAAAUUAAAUUAAUAGAAAAUCCAUUCAUGGAAGAUGCAAUCAGUUUUUAAUGAAUAGGAUUCUCGCAUAUUA